CCAUCUCCGGCGAUGCCAACGAGCUUUGGCUUCGAUCGCAAGAUCCACAGGCCGGUAUUGAGGAUGAGCAGGAGGAGAAGAAGCACGAGAGUUCUGAAGAACGCGAGGAGAUGCGGCUACAAAGGCGGCAGAAGAAAGCAGAGCCGGGAGGCAGCGUCGAAGGCGGUGGCGGAGCGGCUGGAGGCGCUCAGGAAUCUCAUCCCGCCUAAAAACGACGGCGUGAAGGAGAGGGAGGCGGUCGCCGACAGGCUCUUCGAGGAGACGGCGGACUACAUCCUUCUUCUGAGGACCCAAGUGGAGGUCUUGAAGCGGCUGGUGGAUGUCUACAGCCCCUGCAUUGACAACAGCAGCGGCAGUGCAUGAUAUGAUGAUGAUGUUAUACAAGAGUGAAGACUACAAGGAUGGCUUUUGGUUUGUUCCUGUUGUUUGCUGCUUCUUGUUCAUUGUUGUGUUUGGUGUUCAUCUUUAGGCUUUUGUUAAACUAGGAAAAGCUAACUGUGAUGUUCUCUUGUGAUCUCCUUCCUUAUCCUAAUGUUCAAGUUAAAUUAGUGGAGUGGAGCCAUUUUUCCUCCGAACAGAAAUUGAUAUACUUGUUCCACCAACACUUGUUGUCUUGUUGACUCGAUCUCCAAUGCUGCUACCAUGCAUCAUGCAUUUGUGUAGCAUUGCAAGAAA